GAAUCAUCUGUUAGCGAAGGAUGAUGACAAAAGCCUGAUGAUUUUGACGUCCUUUUAAACAAUUUUUACGAAGAUAAGGCCCAAAAUGUCUCCUCAGAACCAUGAACAAGUCGUGACACAGGCGGUUAUGAACAGAUAUGUGAAUGUGGAGAAGACUAAACGUGAUGUUUUAACAGCACUCCAACAUUACCGUGGGCUAGGACCAAAGUUAGAUAAAUUUGUUUUUAAUGAUGGCAGCGACCAAGAGUUGUUGAACCUAGAUGGGACGAUUCCUGUCCGAUACAAAGUAUUCCGCAGUGGCACUUCACGCUACUUACUGUGUCUUGAAGGCACGAUACCUGUUACAUAUAAAGGUACCACAUACAACAUCCCAAUAUGCAUCUGGCUCCUGGACAACCAUCCUUUGUCUUCGCCGAUGGUGUAUGUCAAGCCCACUCCCGACAUGCUUAUAAAAGCUUCACGUCAUGUGGAUCAGAAUGGGAAAGUGUAUCUGCCUUACUUACAUGAAUGGAAUCCGAAUUCCUCAGAUUUACCGGGCCUCAUCCAGAUUAUGAUAAUGACCUUCAGUGAGAUGCCACCUGUCUACUCAAAGCCAAAGACUGCUCAGCCGCCUGGUGCAACGCCAUACCCACUACCAUAUCCGACAAACUCUCCUGGUUACAUGCCAAUGCCAGGAGGAGGACCAAAUAUGCCAUACAGCCCAGCUCAAUCUGGUGCCAAUACCGUGUACCCACCCUACCCCACACAACCCGGAGGCUAUCCUCCAUCGAGCACACCAUACCCAGUUUAUCCUCCAGCAAGCACAGCAGGCUACCCACCCUCUCAGCCCCCCACAUCAUAUCCACCACCUUAUUCUGCUGGGGGCAUAACAUACCCUCCUUACCCGUCCACUACAUCCAGCAUCCCUACUGGGCAGGCUACAGAGACUAGUGGGGUGACUGGAACAAGCACAACAGCUAGCACUGGCACAAUCACAGAAGAACACAUACGCGCAUCCCUUAUCUCGGCUGUAAGUGACCGUGUUCGAGCCAAACUUCGAGACAGCUAUGGAGGCUCUCAGGCAGAGGUAUCAGUUUUGCGGCAACAACAGGCAGACCUCAACCAAGGGAAAAUCAAGCUUGAGGGCCUUAUCAGCAAAUUGGAGCAAGAGCAAGUAAGUCAUUCUAUUUUGUUUUUCAAGACACAUUUGUCUUGUAAAAUGAGAUGACUUCUUGAUAGCCAA